AUGGCUUUCUCGCCCUGGCCGGCUUGGCUCAGGGAUGAGGUCAUCUUCCCACUCACUGUUACACGGGAUAGACUGGCCCCAGGGACACCUCAGGCCAAGGGCCUAGAAGUCCUCUUGAUUGCUGUGGUUCAGUGGUCCACCCCAAAGCUGCCCUUCACCCAGAGCAUCUAUACCCACUACCGCCUGCCCAGCGUUCGCCUGGACCGCCCGUGCUUUGUGAUGACUGCUUCUUGUGAGACCCCAUUUCAGACCUACGAGCAUUUCACGGUCACCUACAUGCUGCUCAACAAUCUCCAAGACUUCCUUGCUGUGAGGCUUGUGUGGACCCCGGAGCACACACAGGCAGGAAAGCAGCUGUGUGAGGACCUUCGGGCCAUGCAGGCUGCCCUAGCCUCCAUUGUCUGCCACACGCCCCUCAACAACCUUGGCUUUUCCUGGAAGGGCGGUGCACCAACCUUCAGUGUAGCCUUCCAGGUUCUAAGGACAGGGCUCUUUGAGCUGAGCCAGCACAUGAAACUGAAGCUACAAUUCACUGCUAGUGUGUCCCAGCCUUCACCCAAGGCCCAGCCCCUCUCUCGAAAGAGCAGUCCCAGCAGCCCAGCUGUCUGGGACUUGGUGAGGCACCAGGUUAGCCUGGGCCGCUCUCAGUCCUUCUCCCACAACAGGAGCAGGAAGCCCACAUCCUCUGCCUUCCUCCAGGUCGGCAGUGUGAUGGAGGGUAGGGCCAUCACAUCCCCUGUGGCCUCCACAGUUGGCCGCCCCCUCUACCUACCCCCGGAAAAGGCUGUGUUCUCUCUGGACAAGACUGCCAAAUGCAAGUGCAAAGUCCUGGUGGUGGAGGCCAUAAAGUAG